AAAUACAAAAUCAAACAGUGUCCUCGUGCUGAGAGUACACCUGUGUCAGACCCAAACAGAGCAAUGCGACAUGGCACAGUUAUUCUAACAUGUCAUAGAGUGAAAGAAUAUAAUCAGCUAUACCUCCAAAGCUAUUUCCGGGGUAGCUAGGUAGUUAAAAGGUCGAGAAAGGUGGCAAGCCUGUCUGAGCACUGGACUGACAGCACAUGCGUUGCUGAGGAUGUGGAGGACAUGUCGGUUUCCGAGUUCGUGGCUUCCAGGGAGAAGGGCGGUCAGACUCUGCUCCAGCAACCCACCCAAACCUUCACAUUCCCUCCCUUCUCAGUCCAACUCCUCUCUACGGCCCCAAGCUGAGAAACGGAGGCGUAGACGAGCGCGGGAGGAGGCCAUACUGUCGAGUCAACACAGUAGUGAAUCAGUGAACUGGAGCGAGAAGCAGAAGGUUGUCUACGAUACCCAAACGCCUCCUGGGACAAAGAAAGACACCAGCUUGCCGUUUCCGUCCUCGUACAGUCCAGAGUACGUGGAGUCCAGCUGGUAUCAGUGGUGGGAGAAAGAGGGAUUCUUCAGUCCAAAGCAACACGAGCAGCUCUCGCAUUCUGUGGAUCAGACGUUCUCUCUGUGCAUCCCUCCUCCAAACGUGACAGGCACUCUGCACCUGGGCCAUGCUCUGACUGUAGCCGUGGAAGAUGCUCUGGUUCGAUGGAGGAGGAUGCAGGGAUACAGGGUGCUGUGGGUGCCUGGAUGUGACCAUGCAGGUAUUGCAACACAGACAGUGGUGGAGAGGAGACUGCUGAGGGAAGAAGGGAAGAGCAGACAGGAUUUCACCAGGGAAGAGUUUGUACAGGAGGUGUGGAAAUGGAAGAACGAGAAAGGAGAAGAGAUCUACCAUCAGCUGAGGAUGCUUGGAGCUUCUCUGGACUGGAGCAGAGCCUGCUUCACGAUGGAUCCAAGUUACAGCAGGGCUGUGACCGCAGCCUUUGUCCAGCUGUGUGACGCUGGUCUGAUUUACCGCUCAGAGGCUUUGGUCAACUGGAGCUGUGCUCUGGAAUCUGCCAUCUCCGACAUUGAGGUUGAUUCGAAGGAGCUGUCUGGCCAGACGAUGCUGUUUGUUCCUGGUUAUGACAACAAGGUGGAGUUUGGGACCAUGUACACGUUUGCAUACCCGUUAGAAGGCCACAACGGUGAGGUGGCGGUGUCUACCACUCGUCCUGAGACGAUGCUGGGAGAUGUGGCUGUCGCUGUUCACUCCGAUGAUCCUCGAUAUCAGGCUGUUCACGGGAAGCAGUGCAGACAUCCUUUCACCAACAGACUGCUGCCGAUCAUCACUGAUCCGGUGGUCGACAUGGAGCUGGGAACCGGUGCAGUGAAGGUGACUCCUGCCCACGACCACGCAGACUUCCUGCUGUCACAGAGACACUCGCUGCCUCGCCUCACUGUGAUUGGGGGAAAAGGAACAAUGACGCCAUCCUGUGGACACUGGCUAGACGUACGUGAGCACCGCUGUCAUUGUUUGAAAACUUUGUAUUACGAUAUCUAUCUCCUCCCUGGUCUCUGUUCUCUCUUUUCUCUGUGUCUCAGCCGCUCAGGAGACAUCAUUGAACCUCUCCUAAAGAAGCAAUGGUUUGUCCGCUGUGAUGAAAUGGCUAAAAAAGCCAUACAGGCUGUCGAGGACGGACGGCUGGAGAUCAUUCCUCACUACUACACCAAGACGUGGAACAACUGGUUGUCAGAUAUCAGUGAUUGGUGUGUGUCCAGACAGCUCUGGUGGGGUCAUCAGAUCCCUGCUUAUCAAGUGGAGCUUCCUGAUUCUACAGACAAACAAGAAGAGCAGUGGAUUUGGGGACACAGCGAGGAUGAGGCCCGGCAGAGAGCUGCUGUCAAAUAUGGAGUGAAGCCCGAAGCCAUCACGCUGACUCAGGACUCUGAUGUCCUAGACACGUGGUUCUCCUCGGGGCUGUUUCCCUUCGCCAUGCUUGGCUGGCCAGAGCAGACCGCUGAUGUUCAGCACUUCUAUCCUAACUCUAUCCUGGAGACAGGCAGCGACCUUAUUUUCUUCUGGGUGGCCAGGAUGGUGAUGCUGGGGACAGAGCUGACCGGACAGCUGCCCUUCAAACAGGUUCUGUUUCAUUCUUUAGUCAGAGAUAAAUACGGCAGAAAAAUGAGUAAAUCUCUGGGAAACGUCAUCGACCCGUUGGAUGUUAUACACGGAGUCUCUCUGGAGAGACUUCAGGAGAAGGUGAAGGAGGGAAACCUUGAACCGAGGGAGCAGCUCGUUGCCAUGGAAGCACAGACGAAAGACUUCCCCAACGGCAUCCCUCAGUGCGGCACCGAUGCUCUGAGGUUUGCUCUCUGCUCUCACAAGAUGCAGGGAGAGGACAUCAGUCUGUCCGUCUCUCAGGUCCUGGGCUGCAGAUUCUUCUGUAAUAAAAUGUGGCAGACCCUGAGAUUCACACUGGGAGUGCUGGGCGACAAUACAACACCAGUGGGAACGCUGGAAGAGUGUGUUCCUCUGAGCAGCAUGGACCGGUGGAUCUGCUCCAGACUCCACAGCACAGUUCUUCAGUGUGAGCAGGCUUUCGAAGCUUAUGAGCUGCACACCGUCACAGCCGCCCUGUACUCCUUCUGGGUCCACAGCCUGUGUGACGUCUACCUGGAGUAUUUAAAACCUGUGCUGGCGCAGCAGGACGCAGGGACGGCGGCCCAGACGGCCAGCGCUGUCCUCUACCACUGUGUGUCCACGUCUCUGGCUCUGCUCUCCCCCUUCAUGCCUUUCAUCACUGAGGAGCUGUGGCAGAGACUCCAACCUUUCAGAGCCGGAGCUGCUGCCCCGACCAGCCUGUGCUUACAGCCGUACCCUCGCUCCUCUCAGCUGGCUCACUGGCAUUUUCCUGAAGAGGAAAAAGAUUUCCUGCUGGUCCAGAAAGUGAUCCGAGUGGCCCGCUCGCUACGAGCCCAGUGUGGCCUGAACAAGGAAAAGCCCGUCAUGUGGGCCGUGUGUUCUCCCCGCCAGGCCCAGGCCCUCCUCCACUUUGGCUCCGCUGUUUGGACUUUAAGCCAGAUCUCCAGCCUCCAGAUCUACUGUCCUGAUGGAGCAGACGAUCUCCUCUCUGCCCACUCCACUCCUCCACCUAGAGGAAGCCUCGCCGGGGUGGUGGACCACACCUGUCAGCUACACCUUCAUGUCCAAACUGAAACGAACGUCGAUCAGCAGAUCCUGCAGCUGUCUCAGCAGAAAGCCAAGCUGGUUCCAAAACUGGAGAAAAUUCUUUGCAAAGUUCAGUCUUCAGACUACACGACCAAGGUUCCUGCUCAUGUCAGGCAGACGAUGGACAGCACGGUGUCAGCUCUGCAGCAGAAACUGCAGACCAUCGAGGACCAGCUGAAGGAGCUGCAAGAGAUGCAAUGAGCAGAACAACUGCAUCAACGUGCAUUAUAGAAAUGGCGUGGACUGCUGGACAUCACAACUGAUGAACUUACUAUUUAUUAUGCUGCUAUUUAAAGAUCUCUACCCUGCUGGCAUGAAACACUGCAAAGCAUCAAUCGGUUGUUGCAGGAUCUCACUGCAUAUCCACCAGGUCAGCUGAAGACAGAGUCAGGACGAGCUGCAGCUAUCCAGCGACAGUUUGUGAAUGUUUUAUGGACGUUUUCAGUUUAUUCAGCGUCAUUAGUCGCUGGUAAAGUAUUUGUUUCCUGUCCUGGCCUUUUAAGAGUUGGCUUUCCUUUCAUCGAUCCUACGUAUUGAUCAUUCUUUUCAAAAUAAAUGUGUAUUUCCUAAACUUGA